AUGGCAGACAAGAACACCAAUAUGUUUUACCUUAUUUUCAGUUUCACUAUCUUUGGAUUAGCCCAUUUUAACUUGGUUAAUACCCUAAGUGCUAAUUACUAUGAUCAAACAUGCCACAAUGCUGAAUCAACCAUUACAAGUGUUGUCAAGAAAGCAAUGUUGAAUGAUCCAACAGUUCCUGCUGCACUUCUAAGAAUGCAUUUCCAUGAUUGCUUCAUUAGGGGGUGUGACGGUUCGGUGUUGCUGAACUCAACCGGGAAGAACAAAGCUGAGAAAGAUGGACCUCCAAACAUAUCUUUGCAUGCAUUUUAUGUUAUUGAUAAUGCCAAGAAAGCAGUAGAGGCUUUAUGUCCUAAAACUGUCUCUUGUGCAGAUAUCUUGGCAUUAGCAGCAAGGGAUGCAGUCACUUUGUCCGGAGGGCCAACAUGGGGUGUGCCAAAAGGAAGAAAGGAUGGAAGAGUUUCGAAAGCUACCGAAACACGACAAUUACCAGCUCCAACAUUCAAUAUUUCCCAAUUGCAACAAAGUUUUGCACAAAGAGGUCUUUCCAUGGAUGAUUUAGUUGCGUUAUCAGGAGGACAUACACUUGGGUUCGCUCAUUGCUCAUCCUUUCAGAACAGGAUACACAACUUUAGUUCAAAGCAAAGUGUCGACCCAACUCUGGAAUCAUCAUUUGCAGCCAGUUUAAAGAGUGUAUGCCCUGCAAAAAACACAGCGAAAAAUGCCGGUGCAAAUCUUGAUGCGACUCCCACAACUUUUGACAAUAGAUAUUAUAAGUUACUUCUCCAAGGCAAGAGUAUAUUCUCUUCUGAUCAGUCGUUGAUCAAUUCGGCUAAGACGAAAGCAUUGGUCUCAAAGUUUGCUAGCUCACAACAAGAGUUCCAGAAAGCAUUUGUGAAAUCCAUGAUUAAGAUGAGUAGCAUCAGUGGUGGGCAAGAGGUAAGGCUCGACUGUAGAGUUGUAAACUAAGCCAAACUGGUGGAAAAAGAACUAAUUAAAUGUUCUCAGGUGAAAUAUGUUUAUCUUCUUCUGUUGAUUUCAUUGGUGUUUGAAGGAUUAUUGAUCCAAAAGUUUAGUCAUGUGUUGUAUUUGUAAUGGGUACUAAUAAUAUUUAUUUUUUAGUGAAAAUA